AACGUGUUUUCUUCCCCAAAUCCUUAUCACCACCAAUCCAUGUCCCUCGUGACCUCGCUCUAAGCUUCUACCAGUCAAAGAGCAAAACCAACCAACCAAUUCUUGAAAAAACAGAGCUCAGAACGCACAGUCGAAUUACAAAAUCAGCUAUUAUGAGUUUCAAUUGUAUUCUGGGCCGUACUGUUUUGUAGUGAUUUUCGUUGAUUUUAUCUCUUGUUGGGCAGCUGGUGAGGUAAUUUUCUGCAAUGGAGGCGUUGAAUUUUCCCGCUAUGCAUCUCAAUCCUCAGCUCAGUCGGACCAAUUUUCUUACUCGCUCAAGUGAUGGGGUAAUGAUCGGCAAACUCAAUUUAGCGAUCUUCGGAAAAACCGGGCCACCGCCAAACUCUCUACUUUCUUCAUACGGUCUGACUUCACGACAACGUUCGACCACAUCACGCCACGUGGCAAGAGAAGAUUCCGGCGGGUCCCUUAGUGGUGAAAGCAUCCUUCUGAAUGAGCAAACCCUCGAACGGGAGCUCCAGGUGGCAAUCGACCAAGAAAACUAUACUCAGGCAGCAAAAAUCAGGGACAGUCUCAAAAUACUCCAAGAGGACAGCAAAACCUCGGUUCUUGCAGCAAAUGCUAGGUUUUACAAUUCCUUCCGGAAGGGUGACCUGGCGGCAUUGCAGGCCAUCUGGGCCAAGGGCUCGCAUGCUUGUGUGGUCCACCCUGGCGUGAGUGGAAUAUCGGGCUACGAUCUUGUAAUGGGUAGUUGGGAGUUUGUGUGGGCCGAUUAUGAGUUUCCAUUGGAGAUCGAGAUUAAGGAUGUGGAAGUUCAUGUAAAGGGGGAUAUGGGAUUUGUCACGUGUAUUGAGAUGGUUAGGACUAAAGGCAGCGGCUGGGGAAGGCAUUUCGCGACGAAUAUUUUCGAGAGGGUCGAUGAUCGCUGGCUUCCAAUGGGUGGAAGAAGUUGA